GCGGGGCGGGCUAUUAAUAACGCGGCCGCCCAGCCCGGGGUCGCGCAGCCAUGGCAAGCCCGGAGCCCCGGCACGGCGGGGACGGCGCAGCCCAGGCCGCGAGGGAGACAAGAGCAGAAGCCACUUCUCCUCUUGAAGAGGAGAGCUUGGAAUCCCCCCAUGAGCCCAGGACUCUGGACCCAGAAGUGACUCUGUCUUUGAAGGGGACCUUGAACUUAGAGGACAUUCUCUACCUGGGGGACACAGGUGACCUUGAAGAGCUAGACGAGAUACUGUGUGUGGAAGAGACAGAGCAGCCUGAGGAGACCCUGUACAUCGAGGAGACCAGGCAGCCAGGUGAGGCCCUGCACGUGGACGAGCCUGUGAAGCCAGAGGAGAUCCCCGGUGUGGAAGAGCCCGCGCAGCCGGAAAAGAGCGCAAGCCCAGAGCAGACCGGUGAUGGGGGAGAGACGGUCACCGUCACGUGCGAGGAGAAACCCAGCCCUGAGGAGGGCCUCAGCGCCGGGCUGAGUCCCAGCACCGAGAGCCUGAGCAUAGAGGACCUGGAACUGCUGGAGCAGCGUUUCCAGCAGUGCGUGCAAGCCGUGGCCCAGCUGGAGGAGGAGCGGGACCAGCUCAUCCAUGAGCUGGUGUUGCUCCGGGAACCAGCCCUGCAGGAGGUGCAGCGGGUCCAUGAGGACAUCCAGGUGGCCUACAAGCGGCACGCCCAAGCCGAGCUGGAGAGGGACGGGCUGAGGGAGGAGAUCCGGCUGGUCAAGCAGAGGCUCUUCAAGGUGACCAAGGAGUGUGUGGCCUAUCAGUACCAGCUGGAGUGCCGCCGGCAGGAUGUGGCCCAGUUCAACGAGCUGCGGGAGGCGCUGACCGCCCGGGCGGCCCAGCUCUCCGAGGAGCUGGCCGGGCUCCGCGAGGCCUACCAGAAGCAGAAGGAGCAGUUACGGCAACAGCUCGAAGCACCGCCAAGCCAGAGCGACGGGCACUUUCUGCAGGAGAGCCGGCGGCUCUCCGCCCAGUUUGAGAACCUCAUGGCUGAGAGCCGCCAGGGCCUGGAGGAGGAGUACGAGCCUCAGCUGCUGCGCCUCCUGGAGAGGAAGGAGGCGGCAGCCAAAGCCCUCCAGAAGACCCAGGCGGAGAUCCAGGAGAUGAAGGAGGCCCUGAGACCCCUGCAGGCAGAGGCCCGGCAGCUGCAGCUGCAGAACAGGAACCUGGAGGACCAGAUCACGCUCGUGAGGCAGAAGCGGGACGAGGAGGUGCAGCAGUACCGGGAACAGCUGGAGGAAAUGGAAGAGCGACAGAGGCAGUUGAGGAGCGGCCUGCAACUCCAGCAGCAGAAGAACAAAGAGCUGGAGCAGCUGCGGAUCAGCCUCGCUGGAGAGCUCUCUACCUAUAAGGGCUGUUUAGAAACGUAUGGUCGAAUCUGUAACCCAGAAACAACAGCAAAAAACUUUUUAGCAAAGGAUAACUAAGUACCCUUUGGACAUACUUUUUUCCAGAGAAGGGAGUGCCAAGGACUUGGCAAGCAGUUCAUCCUGGGAAUGUUACAAAUACUGGCUGACGUGUUUAAAAAGAGUUGAAGGCUGGCUGGAGGCAGAAUGCCAUCAGUCAGGACUUAGGUGGAAUCUAGUUCAUAGGCUGCUGGUACCAAUCUCUGUGCAUGCAGGAAUGGAAAAAUGAGCCUUCUGUCCUCUGGCAGCAACUCCCACGUGCACAGAGUAAAGGAUGGAUGUAUGGACAGACACACUUUAGUGUUGUGAAGAAUGUAUCUUGCCUUGUGUUGACCCAAAACAAAAACCUUUUUUUGGAGGUAGGGUCAAAAAGGCAGCCGACUUUCAUGAUAUGGGUUUACAAUUUGAAUUCCUUUGUGCCAUGAGUGUUAGACUUUAAAAUGAAUUCUUUUACAAAGUU